GUGGCUUCUACAUUUGGCAGUUGGUCUUCCGAAUUUACCGACAGCCGUCCUCCGACUUCAGCAGUUGCGAAGCAGUAGUCGCCGCGAGUGGAAGUAAUAAUUUUGAAAAGGAAGUGUUAAGCGGAUAUAAGAAAAGUGCAAGCGGAAAAAGUGUGAGAAACUUUAAGAAGGCUUAGUAAGCCGAAUGGUUGUGCGAAUCUUAAGAACGAAAUUAAAAAUACACAAAACUUUUAAAACAAAAAAUAAAAAAUAAACGAUUGAGAAUAAGAAACCGAUCUAACUGUAUCGCAACUAUUGACGGAUCUAAGAAUUUAACCAAGUGACCUUGUUAAACACAAAAUGUCGAAACAUAACUACACAAAUCCGGCAUUUUGUCACGGCAGUGAAUUCUUUCCUUCGCGCGGCGGGAUAGAAUCGGAUUCGGUUCAACAGCCCGUUGAAGCAAUCUACAACCGUAGUUUAAAUAUUUCUUAUGGCGGACAUGCUACUCAAACGAGCUCACGCGUUGGUCCCCUCCGUCUUCAGCGAAGCAUGUCGACGCGUUCGGUUAACACGCAGAAACGUCAGAGGAUCACAGCGACACCUGAAGUUCACAUCAAUCGACCACAAAAUUCAUACCAGCAACAGCAGCAGCAGCGUCAGCUGAAAAAUGUUCCACAACAAAACGUCUUUGUGCGUCCAAAACACGCCAAUGCCAUCACCGAACCAACAAAUAGUGAAACUCGUUCUAAAUGCGGUCGCUAUGCACUCGUGCCGUUAGAAGAUCUACCACCAGUUUCUGGUAGCAAAAGCCGGUACGCUAUAGUGCCGGGUCCCAUGGAAACUUUAAACACUAUGCGUCGAUACGCUAAGUCUCAGGAUAAUCUUGAUUGCUACAGCUCCGAUGGACGGUUGUAUAGCGAUGAAGAACCCGCUUCUUUUCACGAGGAACCCAACUCGUUUCAUGGCCAAACCUCUGAGACAUUCAUGAGCCUACCACCGGUCUUUGAGCGUGGUGGCUGUAUGCAACCGAUCACAAAACAGCAACAACAACCAGUGUCGCCUAAGAUUAAACAUGCUUUCUCUAGCGAUUUUGGUAGUAAAACAUUUCUAAUUGUGGAUAAGAAUAGUAAUCAACGCUAUCAAAUGGUGCCCACAGCCGAGAAUGAGGAAUUGGUGGAUGACAAUCAGGAGAUCAUACAAAUGCACAAUGGACGUGCCCAUCGCUAUGCGGUCAUACCGACCGAAGAAGAAGAUGAGGUCCUCAUGACGCAAGAUGAAGAGGAGGAGACGUGCCUGAGCAACCAAGACUUCAAUCGAAGUGAAAAUUUCUUUAUCAGUAAUACUAUGGAGACGCCUAGAAAUACAACGCUACGAACAUCGACGCCACAGAAACCAGCGUGCUCAUCACAACAACUGCGUGGCAACACUUCCUAUCCCAGCACACCUUUGAAGAAUCCAGCAGCUACUAAAAAGCUGCACGAGUUGCUUUCCACACCUCGCAAGACGCCGCUGCCUCGAAAUGUCACACCACGCAACUUGUCGCCCAUGGAACGGUUACCAGAGUGUCAACAGCAAGAGCGGGAACAACAACGUACAAAAUAUCAAUACCACAGUCAACAGCAAUUAUACUAUACACCAGGUGAUCGACGUUCGACCGAGCGCACCACCCAAAGUCUACAUUAUGAGUCGGUGAAAACGCAGGGCGAUCGCACGAUGGCGGUCAUAACACCGCGGAUCACUGCAAACCAGACUUCUAAGGUAUACCCAGAAGUGGAGGAAGAGGACUGCAGCAGCAUUCACGGAAAGUCCAACAACACCACCACACCCUACCCACAAAAGGUAGCCAAUGCAGCCAUCACACUAGCCAUCGUUUCGCUCAUGAUGGUGAUCAGCAACACGAUGAAUUCAGCACUCAUUAUCUAUAUGAUAGCGCAUUUUGGAAAGUCCUUUUACCUGCAAUACAGUUUAGUGGCUGCCUUCUGUGCUGUCGGUCUUGGAUUCCUCGGCUUUCGAUCACGACAUUGCGAAUGGUUGCCAAAUCGUAGCUACAUCUCCGGUUAUAUUCUGCUGACCGUCUUCAGCUUGAUCAAAUGCUGCGGUCUCGUUGUUAUCCUGGUAUUGGAUCCUUACCCAGGACUACCGCUGCAUGACGUCACCACGGGCAUCAUUCUCGGCCUCUCCACUUUCACGAUUUUCUUCAUCGGCUUGGGGGUGAUCGGAUCGCUCUGGUGCUACAGACCGCCGCCAGAUAAUCGGGUUAAUGUGGCUUAACGAUUUUAUCACAACAAAAGACAAUUUACAAUUUGGUUGAGAAUUGUAAUGAAAGCAAAAUGAAAAUAAUGAAAAAAAAAAUUGAAAAUGUAUUAAAUAAUUUGUCAAAUUUACUUACUUAUUUAAAUUUAUUUGUGCAUUAGGUUUAUAUCUGUAGCGGUUGUUAUUAGUUUCUAAUUUAGUUUUUAUUGUAAUUCAAAAAAAGCACGGCUAAAUCACCAAAAAUAAGUAGAACAAGUGUUCGAAAAAAGACUGUAAAUAGAAAAGUUUUGAAGAGAUAAAGAGGCACACACAAACCAGUUUUAUAAAAAAUAUUUUAUACAUAGACGUACAUACAUAUACGAGUAUAGAAAUUUACACAAAUUCUUGUAUAAAUAAAUAUUUAUUAUUGGUUGUAAUUGGGUUAGUUUUAGCGAGUACGAGUUAAUUUAGCUGAUAAGGAUUACAUAUAUAUAUAGGAUUAUUCCUCGUUAAUAAUGGAUAAGAAAACUGUUUUGAAAUUAUUAGUUUUGUAUUCAUUGUAUUCUCUAGAAAAAAUGAAAUGAAAAAUAAA